CCAAGAAGCUAUUAGUUAUUUUUAAAAUUAAAAAUUCCUGUUAUUAAUGAAUUAAUAAUCUACUUUAAAUAAAAAUUCGAAAAACGACGUGGCGCCAUCUGUCGGAAGUUUCCGACAAUAAUAAUAGGUAAGACGGCGUUAGAUCAUUGGGCGUGAAGUUUGAAUAAGUUGAGAAAUUUGUUAAGAAUGGAGCGAAUUCCUGCGGGAAAAGUUCACUUCCGGUUUCUUUGUCUGUCGUAGCGCACACGUGGGUUGCCAUGACGACACGAACGUCGAGUUAAUCUCGCGGGUUCUCGCGAGCGAGACGAUAGUCGACCGGGAGUGCUGGAGCGGAGUGGAUUUCGCAAUCGCUGGCAUUUCUUGGCUUUCUACAACGCUACGAACGGGCAGAAAAUGGAAGAGGACACGAGGAAAUGUCGACUGACCUGCACCCCACCGACUGGUUUCGUCGUUGCGCAACCACGUGACCCGAAGAAACUGAAGACUUACCUGGAAAAUUGCAGGAGCUUUGGCAAUCUCACACUGCCCAAUGCCUCGAGCAAGGGAGCCCUCCUGUCCAACAGCAACCAGCAGCAGGGAGCCAGGAGCCCGGAAGCCAAACCCUCCAAGCCUGCCUUCACCGACAUCUUCGAGGGCCCCCUCUCGGCCAGGCCCACCUUCGCUCUGGAGUAUCCAGAAGACGCUCCCCGGACGCCACUGUCGGAGCAGGGAUACGGCGGGAUGCCCCUGCCCGAGGACGUCUUCGCCACCGUUCACUCCGCUCCCUUCCCCAUCCAGGGGGUGUCUCUGUACGGACGGGACCGCUCCCUCCUUCGACUGACGUCCCGCCGGAUGUCCAAGUCCCUGCCGGAGCUCAGGGAGUGCCGAGUCGUCCCCGCCGGCCUGCCUCUCGGAGACGACGAGGAGGACGCCUCCGAGGACGGCUACGUCUAUGAGCCCCGGUCCGGAUCCGGCUGGCGAGUCAAGGUGGAUUUUGUUCUCUGCGUGGCGUGCCAGACCCUGGGACUGAACAGCAUCUGGAGAUUUCCUUACUAUUGUUACAAGAAUGGAGGAGGUUCGUUUGUCCUCGCCUACCUGAUCUUGUUAGUGUUGUGUGGCGUGCCAAUGCUAUGCAUGGAGCUGUCCGUAGGACAGAUAAUGCAGACGGGACCGAUUGCAGCUCUGGGGCAACUGUGUCCUCUGAUGAAAGGAAUAGGAUUUUCCAGUAUUGUCGCUUCAUUUCUACUGACUGCAUAUUAUAGCGUUCUAGUUAGCUGGGCAUUGUUUUAUUUGUUCAAUUCCUUUUAUUCUCUUCCCCGUUGGCUUACGUGCGGUCACACAUGGAACACAGAGUCCUGCUGGAACGAAUUUAUAACUUUCUCUUCCGCGGAGAUGCGAGGUUGGCAUUCUUCUGCUUUGAACAAUGUUGACGGCACGCCUAGUAGUUUGGGCAUAAUUCCCGACGUUAGUAAUGUCACGGGUAUGAAUAUCACUUUUGUUAAUGCUACCGUAGCGCCUAAACGCAUUCCGGUUACUUCUGCGAGCUUCGUCAACUGCACGUUAUCAUCUCAAGAAUUUUUGGACCGAAAGUUAUUGGAAGUGAGCGACAAAAUAGAAAAUCUGGGAGAGUUGCGAUUUGAACUGAUGGCUGCCGUGUUGUUCACGUGGGUCCUGGUCUACUUUGCGCUACGCAAGGCCACCCUCUUCAAAGGGAGGACGGUCUACGUGUUGGCCGUGAUGUCUCACGUCGUCCUGCUGUCGCUGUUUCUGAGGGUCCUCUUCCUGGAAGGAGCCGGCAAGGGCCUUUGCUAUCUGUUCAAACCAAACUGGGAACAACUGGGCAAUGCUAAAGUAUGGUUGUACGCACUCGCACAAAUCAUACACUCUCUGGGGAUCAUCAUCGGAUCCAGUAUAGCGGUCGGUUCGUGUAACAAAAAGCAGAACAAUGCAUUCAGGGAUACUUGGAUCCUGGCAUUUUUUACGGUGGUCACGGUUCUCAUUAUAGCGUGCAUUGCCUUCGGGAGCGUUGGACACCUAUCCGCGAGAACCGGAAGGCCGAUAGACUCCAUCCUGCACAAAGAUCCCGGUCUGGCAUUCGUCGUGUACUCCGUCGCCGUGGGGACCACUCCGGUGCCUUCGCUGUGGGGUGUGUUCUUUUUUAUCAUGUUUUUCUGGCUGGGAAUGGAGUAUCAGAUAAAACUGGUGGCUGUUGUGGUGACGUCUCUAGAAGAAUCGUACAGUCACUUCAUCAAACGGAAAUUCCAAGGACAUUCCUUGUUCCUCUUCGUAAUAUGCGUCUUCUGUUUUUUCUCUAGCAUUUUGUACGUGACGCAGGCUGGAAUAUAUUUCUUUCAAGUGAUAGAUCAUUAUGUGGGAGUGCUGGCAGUUGUCAUACUGGCCGUUUUUGAAGCCAUCUCCCUCAGUUGGAUUUAUGGGACCAAAAAACUAAGUUCCGACAUCACGGAAGCUUUGGGGAUGAAGGUGUCCGUCUACUUUCAGAUCUGUUGGGCUUUUCUCUCGCCACUGGUGUUGCUGGCUGUGGUAAUUUUUAGUAUUGCAACAAUGCACAAGCUGGCAGACGAUUCUGGUUACACCUAUGCCAGAGUGGGUAAGGCUGUGGGAUGGUUUGGUUUUUCCCUGACUCUCUGCUGGAUACUGAUCAUAGGACUGAAUACUUUCCGCAAAACGCCGAAAGUACACUUUGUGGAGAGGAUUCGAGCAGCUGUGGAACCAAAGAAGCAUCCCGAACCACUUCACCUGUGGGAUCCAAAACCCAUAAUAGUCAUGAACGGUACGCUUUUCAUGAAGGAAGAAGAGGAGGAGUACGACUACGACGAGAAGGAACUUCCCCAAAUUUCCGAAAGGGCCGUACCUUUUCUGGAGUCGAAAAAUGCGAGGGAGACAGCAAUCUGACGAGAACCGGGCAGCUAAAUAAUACUCAUAGUUUUUAGGCCGUACGUUGCACUAUUUAUGUUAGAAACACAAAACCGGUAGGAUGAAAAACGUACGUCGGUUUUAUUUUGUAACUUUUUUCCCCCCGAGCGCAUCGCGCCCGUCGCUCGAGAAACUUCGGUGGGCGAGGCUUUUCGGCCAUCAGUCAAAUCAAAAUGUCCCAAUGCCGGUUGUGAUAUAAUUGAGAAAUUUAAUCGUUGCACGUCGAAGAUCGAGGUUCUCCGCUGUGAUAAACCUGUCGUGGAACAAAAUUGUCACGUUAAAGAAACGUUUGGGAUCAAAAAUAUUCGAUGUACAUAUAUCAGAGUUCUAUUUUUCUACUCCGAUCGCAUCACGGAAACUGUAAACUUACUUUGUUAGAGCCAAAGAACCUUUUACUGUCGCAUUAGCACAGUACAUGUAAUAUCAUUUUUCAGUAUGUUGUAUAGAAACAAAUAAAAUUGUAGUUCUUUUGUA